CGCGGAAGCGCCACGGGAACAGUGCCGGUACCGGGACACCGAGGGACUGGGACACUGCGGGACCCGUGUGCCGGUACCGGGGCUGGGACAGGGACCGGGGCUGGGAUGUCCCGUGUGCCGGUGCCGGGACAGGGACACUGCUGGACCCGCGUGCCGGUGCCGGGCUCGGGCGGCUGUGGCGGGACCAAGCCCUCAGGAUGCCAGCACUGCCUCUGGAUGAGCUCCAGCUGACAGAAAGGGAUCCCAAGACAGGGAAGCUGAGAACUUUACCAGCACUGCACCCAGAAGUCAAGGCAGAUCGGUCGUUUGUGCUGUACAAACCCCCUCCUGCCAUCAGGGACCCUGCUCUGCUGGAGGAGUUCCUGGAGCGAGCCAAGUUCAUUGCAGAUGACCUCAACUGGCUUCUGGCGUUGCCUCAUGACAAAUUUUGGUGCCAGGUGAUCUUUGAUGAGACCCUGCAGAAGUGUUUGGACUCCUACCUGUGCCGUGCCCCCCGCAGGUUCGAUGGGGUGUGGCAUUGCCAGCCAGAGGUGGAAGACGUGCAGAAAUCCCUCCAUCGCAGCGUCUUCCUCACCUUCCUCAGGAUGUCCACCCACAAGGAGUCCAAGGAUCAUUUUAUCACUCCCUCUGUCUUUGGAGAAAUCAUUUACAACAACUUCCUGUUUGACAUCCCUAAGAUUCUGGACCUCUGUGUGCUUUUUGGGAAAGGAAAUGGCCUCCUGCUCCAGAAGAUGAUUGAAAAUAUCUUCACUCAGCAGCCAAGUUACUUUGGUGACCUGGAUGAGACUCUGCCCACUGUCCUCCAGGUGUUUAACAACAUCUUGCACAAGUGUGGUUUGCGGUGUGAAGGAGCCUCUGCUGAGCCCCAGAAGUUGGAAGAGAAAGUCAGUGUGACUGCGGGGAACAUGCCCCUGCAGGAGCUGAAGGACAUCGUGCUGUAUUUAUGUGACACCUGCACAACACUCUGGGCCUUUCUUGAUGUGUUCCCCUUGGCUUGCCAGACCUUCCAAAAGCACGAGUUUUGUUACAGGUUAGCUUCCUUUUAUGAACUGGCAAUUCCUGAGCUGGAAUCUGCAAUCAAGAAGAGGCGUUAUGAGGAUAACAGCGUUUUUGCUGAUUUGUGGAGGAGGAUUUCGCAUUCCAGGAAGAAGAUGAUAGAAGCUUUUCACAUCCUGAUAAACCAAGUCUGUCUGCAGCCCAUCUUGGAGAGCAGCUGUGAGAAUAUUCAGCCAUUUAUUGAGGAGUUUCUACAGAUCUUCACCUCAGUGCUUCAGGAGAGGAGAUUUCUCCGUGACUAUGAUGAGCUGUUUCCCGUUGAGGACGAUGUCAGUCUGCUCCAGCAGGCAUCCUCCACACUAGACGAGACCAGGACAGCCUAUAUCCUCCAGGCAGUGGAAAGUGCCUGGGAAGGGGUGGACAGGAGAAAAGGACAAGCUGUUAAAGAUCCAGCAGCACCAGCAGCAUCUGAUGGAGCAUCAGCAACAGUGGAGAGCUGUGCUGAGGACGGGGAGGAUGCAGGGGCUGCCUGUGCCCUGGAGGAUGAGUGCGCUGGGGCAGCAGCCGCGCCCGUCGCCCGCGUGUCCGGUGUGGAGCUGGACUCCCUCAUCUCCCAAGUGAAGGACCUGCUGCCUGACCUCGGGGAGGGGUUCAUUCUGGCCUGCCUGGAGGAGUAUGGAUACAGCACAGAGCAGGUGAUCAACAACAUCCUAGAAGAUAAGCUGGUGCCUCACUUGGACAAGCUGGACCGAAGGAUGCAAAGACAGCUGAAGCCAGACCCCACUCCCCUGGUCACCUCUCGCUGUAAUGUUUUCCAGAAUGAUGAGUUUGAUGUUUUCAGCAGGGACUCGGUGGAUGUAUCUCGGAUACAGAAAGGCAAGAGGAGGGAGAAGGACACGACCAGGAGCCUGGUGAACGACAAGAGCCUGGUGCAGGAGCAGAGGGACAGGUACAGCCAGUACAGGGUGGUGGUGGAGGAGCUGCCCCUGGGCCCGGGGCAGGCCCAGCCCUACGGGGACUACGAGGACGAGUACGACGACACCUACGACGGCAACCAAGUGGGGGCCAACGAUGCUGACUCGGAUGAUGAGCUGAUCAGCAGGAGGCCAUUCACAAUUCCUCAGGUCUUGAGACCUAAGGGACAGGAGGAAGGACAGGAUGAGGAGGAAGAGGAUGAAGAGGAGGAGGAGGAGGAAGCUGAAAAGGAAAGAACGAAGGACCACUUUGUGCAGGACCCGGCUGUGCUGCGGGAGAGGGCCGAGGCCAGGCGCCAGGCGUUCCUGGCCAGGAAGGGGUACAAGCACGACAGCUCUGCCGUUGUUGGGAACGCCAAGGGCCACGGGCAGAACCGGGAGACGGUGCAGGAGCGCAGGAAGAAGGAGGCCAACAAGAGCACCAGGGCCAACCACAACCGGCGGGCCAUGGCCGACAGGAAGCGGAGCAAAGGCAUGAUCCCUUCCUGAGGGACUCCUGGCCGGGCGUGGCACCAUCCCCAGCCUCCUGCUCGGCAUCCCCUGCGCUCAGGGGGCUGGAUGUCGUGGUUCAGCACCUGGCGCUCCAGCUCGCGUGGAACGGCGUUCCCUGUGGGAGCUCUGCCUUUCCUGGGAAGGAGCAGGCCCUGAGUCUCUUCACUCGUGUGUGCUGGUGGCUGCACCCAAUACAGGGGACAGGCUGUACCAGCCCCUCCUUCCCUUUUGUACUAUUUAUAAUCCACAGAGUUUUAUUUUCAUACUGAUCCCUGCGCCUUCCCUGCCGCUCCCGGGGGCUCCAUGGCCUGCCUGGGACUCUGGGACAGCCCCCAGCUCUCUGCCCCACUGAAAUGCCUUAUUCUGAACUGGAGUCAUAGAAUAUCCCAAGGAAGGGACCCACGAGGAUCAUCCAGUCCAACUCCUGGCCCUGCACAGCCCCAUCCCCAAGAGUCCCACCCUGUGCCCCAGAGGAUCAUCCAAACCCUCCUGCAGCUCUGGCAGCCUUGGGGCUGUGCCCACUGCCCUGGGGAGCCUGUUCAGUGCCAACCACCCUCUGGGGGAAGAACCUUGCCCUGAGAUCCAACCUGAGCCUGCCCUGGCACAGCUCCAUGCUGGCAGGGAACUGCUCUGGCUGUUCCCACUGCCGACAGACCCCCAGGAGUUGAGGUAAGACCUUGCCAUGGAUUUCUGUCCCUUGAGUGAGGCCUGUGAAAACAGACCAUGGCAAAUAAAUGAUGGAGGUGUUUCAGUUGGUGUUUCAGGCUCUCACAGACAGGAUUGAUCUGUAACUCAGAGGAACCUCCACAGGCCUCUCAGUGCUGGAUCUGCAGGUGGGGAAAUUCUCUCCCUGGUCAGUGUUGGUUCAGUGUAAUGAGAUUUACCCACUGAGACUAAACAUGCUGGGAAAUGAGGAUCCAGGCAUGCCAAGUAAGAUGCCAGUGGUGUGGAAAUCCGGGCUGAAGGCAGCAGGUCAGAGUACCCUGGAGCUGCCUCCUCAGUAACCCCCAUGAGGCAGUACUGCCCCAACCACCCUCUACUGUGGGAAGGCUGAGAGGUGAGAGGGACCUGCUGAGAGGCUCUUCCCGAGGGCUGCAUUUUGUCAGGGAGUUGUUUCCCAGGCAGGGAGACACAGAAAUUACCAAGUGACCUGUUUGUGGGGUGCUCAGAUGCCACAGCAGUGGCUGCCACUCUACCUGGGCAUCCCGGACUCACCCACCCACAGCUGGUGAUAAAGUUGUCCCGGUUGUCAUGGAGCGUUAGGAUGUUUUGGAGUUCUGUCCCUGUCAUGGAGAUGAACUUCCUGCAAUCAAUUAGCCUUUGCUUUGUUAAUUUACUUGGUUAAUCUGCCCUGAGUGGCACCUCCCCACCACCCUGGAGCUGCAAAGGUGCCUGUGGCUGUCACCCCC